AGCACCAGAACUAAUUACUUACUAAUAUAAAAUUCAAAAGUAACACAAAUAUUAUUUUCACUUUAUGAACAAACUAUUUAAAAGACUGUAAUUUUUUUGAAAAUAAGCAAAUUGGUUAAUACAAAACAACAAAAUAUAAUAUUUAUCCGACCAAUGGGUCGGGUAAAAGCUAGUACUCAUAAAGAGUAGGUGGGAUGGCCACUCGUCCUUCUGCGAUAUGGGUGAACUUGAUUAUCCUCCGCCUUGGAUGAUCUCUUGCACGAUCUUGGGGGUGGGGGGGGGGGGGGGUUCUAGUACUUAUUGGACUCAUAUGACACUCUGCAAAACAAAAUAAAGUUAAAACUAAAAACAUAAGAUGGUUGGAAACUUUUAUAUAUGAUUAGAAUUCUCCAUCAAUGGUGCCAAAAACUUGAUGGAGUAAAUCGAGUUAAAAUCAUAGGAUGCCCUAGGGUUGUAUUCCACAAGUUCUUCUGAUGCAUAAAUACUCACACCAUACAAUCCAUGAUACAAGAAAUAGACAAUCAUCUUUAGGGGUUUUCAUUCGAAUAAUAAGCAAGGGAAAGUGUAAAAUAAAGAAAGUACAGUUGUUUAGGGUUUUUUGUAAAUCUCGAGUACCAUCAAUGGGGUAUCACUAGAGAGUAAUUUUUUUAACAACCUAGAUGAUACUAAGCACCUGCUUAUAGUAGCACACUAUAGAGUCAUAAGCAUCAAUGAUAAGGAGUAUUGAACUAAGUGAGCAUCAAUGUCAUACGCAUAGGGACUGAAACAUAAAGCAUUCAUGCAUACAUAAGGACAUCGAAAAUCACAAGCAUCAACACAAGUGUAAUAUGAAAUCACAGCAUCAAGAUAUGCAUUGAUAAACGAGUUCACAUCCACAUACAAUCAUCCUCGACCUGAUCAAUCAGAGCCUAUAAUUCUGCAGUACCCUCAAGCUCCGAGACUUUAUAUUAUGAAGAUAGGGCCAAAUAGAAGGUUGCACUCAAUGCCUCGGAAACUCACCGGAAGAGAAAGAGGGAAUCGAGAUCCAAAUUAGAUGUAGCUGCGUAGAUUGGGAAUCAACAGUUGCAUUCAUCCAACUACCAGGGCUCGGAAUCGAUCAGCCCAAUCAAAUUAGGUGGGUUUUCUCAAUUUUCCAAUGGCUUUGAGUAGAAAUGUCUCACUCUUUCAUAGCGUGGAAUGUGCAUGGCUUGGGUAAUCCAGAUAAAAGGGAAAAGAUUAAGAGACUUUUGAAGAGAUGGAAACCAUCUAUCGUUGGUCUUACGGAAACAAAAUGGAAGGUCUGUGAUCAAAGCCUGAUUUCUUCCAUCAGUGGCUGCAAAUCAAGCGGUUCGGUCCCCAAGAACUCGACUGGGGCCAGCGAGGUCAUAGCUAUUUAUUGAGAUUCCUCAACUUACAAAGUUCUGACUGUUUGGGAAGGCAGGUUCUCCUUGGCUGUACGACUGAAGGUCAUUGAUACUGAGGAUAUUAUUUCUUUCCUUGUUGUUUAUGGGCCGCAAGACAAGAAAGACAAACUAGACUUGUUGAAGGAAAUUGAUUUGGUGUGCCAUGAAUAUAUUUUCGCCUUAUGCAUCAUAGGUGAUUUUAAUCUUGUCAGAUCAGAGGAAGACUUCAUCGAAUGCCCUAGAAAUGCUGAGAUUGUGGAAGAAUUCAAUAGCUUGAUUAGCAGAAGCAACCUUGUGGAUCUUCCAUUACAAGGGGCUAGAUACACUUGGAGUAGAGGAGGCUUGGUGAGCUCGUCGCCACGAAUUGGUAGAGCAUUAAUUAAUUUGAGCUUUGAAGAACUCCUAUCUCCAUAUACUCUGAUCGCCCCUGAUCGAGUAGAAUUAGAUCAUAAUUCUAUACUAUUAAAAUGGGGAACUAUCGAUCGUUUUCGACACCCUUGGAGAUUCAAAAAUAUGUAGCUACAGGAAGAGUCCUUUUUGUAAAGUUUGGUGGGUUGGUGGUGUGUCCCCGUAAGCGGCACUAGUCAUUUGUUCAAGUUUGGACUGAUGUGUAGACAAACCAAAGGUUUGAUUAAACAAUGGAAUCAGUUUCAGUUUGGGAAAGUGGAGAGGCUAAUUUCAGAACUGCUCAUUAGAAUCAAAAGUUUUGAUGAGCCUGUGGAGAAUAGUGACCUUAAUGCUUUACUGUCAUUAGAGAGGCGCUUCUUGAGUGUGAAGUAGAGAAGGUUCUAAUAAUGGAGGAGAUUUCUUGGCGGAAACGUUCCAGGGAAAUCUGGCUCCAAGUGGGAGACUGAUAACACUGAAUUUGCACAUGUUUUUACCCCUAAUUUUUUUAUUGUUUAGCUAGGUGUUUAUCAUACUUUCGUCUAUUUAAUGCUAGUUUGUGUUCCUUUGAAAUAUUUCAUGACCUAGCACGUAAAAUGAAGCAUAGGCGCAAGUUUUAAGUCAAUCGGAGAUCCAUUGGCUACUCGAGGGAAGAAACUCAGGCAUGAGCCAAGGAAGAAUGGAUUUAUACCGCAUUUUAUGGAAAAAUAAACAUGUAAUCUAGGCAUGGAAAGAAAGAGGACAAGACUACGAGCGUCUGGGAUCAAAGGACGACUGAUUCAGAGUUCGGAUGAGAGAGAAAUGACCGAAAGACUAGCCUCUCCAAAGUUACGGGUUGCCCGUAACUUUGCCUGUAACUUGGCCUCUGUGAGCUAUAUAAAUGCGUUUUUGCGGAUUUUGAAAAGAGGGAGAUGGAUUUUGGAUCCCAAACACACAAGGUACAAACCCUAGAGAGAGCACCUUGGGAUCAUUCUUGGAGCUAUUUUGGAGGAUUUCUUCACCAUUGGAGCUCGGGAAUCAAGCUUGGAAAUGGAGAUUGAAGAUCUAGAUCAGAUUUCUGCAUUCUCUCUCUUCUCUAUGGAGUAAGUUCCCUUCACUUAGAUUUUGAGUAACCCUAGAUUUGUAUGUUAGAAAGAGUUGUAUUAACUUGAAUACAUGAUUGAUUGACGUUUUAUAUUCAGUUGAGGCAUUGAUUCAAAAUUACUUGAGUCCUGAUCAAACUUUUGUGAUUCCUGCUUUAACCUAGAACAAUAGUCUCUGCAUAGUUUAAUAGAGCAACCUCAAUUAGAAGUAGUGGAUCGAUUGCUUUAGUCGAGAAAUCGAUUCACUAAUCUGUAAUGGAAUUAAAGCCAGUAGAGGAAGUUUGGUAUGUUAUUGCUUUGGUUAGUUUAUGCCGGUGGAGGUUAGUCUCCCGUUGGGUAUUCGAACUGAGAGGGUCUAGAUUACUUUAGUUGAGAUUUCAGACUUGUCAAGAACUUUUCGCAGUAUAUCUGUCAACUGAGAGUCUGAGACUAAAAAUGCAUUUAUUGAAGCAAAAAUGUAUAAAAUAUAAAAGUGAUAAACAUUUUAAAUAGAG